AUGGCUUCAUCCAUUGCUAAACCAUCAGUCGAUCUCGAGCGCUCCACGGCGAAGCGCGUAUUGAAGAACGCAGCUUCAAAUAAUGCUUACGAAUACGCGCGCAUAAUGGAGGUGGAUAGGAUCUUCUAUAUUUUUGGGAGUUUCUCCCGGAAGAAACAAGACAGGCGAAAAUCCUUGGAGCAAACAUCCGUCAGCGCUGGGAACAGCCCAAUGAAGGUCAGGUCGAGACCUGGCAGCCAGAAUAUGCCGAUCGCAGCCAGGACCUCUGCUUAUCAGCUCGAUAAUGUGGUGCGAGAAUGGGAGUGUGGGGUCUGCAAGAAGGAGUUAGUGGAACCCAGGCUUUUGGCCUGUCUUCACAGCUUUUGCACUAGGUGCCUUCAGGGUCUUCCCUUGGAGGGCGAGUCUGAAAAUUGGAGCGAUAUUGAUGUAUCAAUACAACAGGAUUCCAGCUCCAGGUCAGCAUCUGGUAGCGGCAGCGGGUCCGCAGCAUCAGGUUACGAGAGCGAGAGGAACUCAGACUCGGACGCUAGUCUCAACCAGAAACCGCGCAAGUUUGGAAUCUAUACGAAAAAGGUAUCAGGCAAAAGCGUCAACUUCAUAGUGUGCCCAACAUGCCUUGGGGAAACCCCACUCCCACUGGGGGGAGUGUCAGCGUUGCCCUUGAACUACGUCCUACUCAGAAAGAUGGCCAGUCGGGAUGCCGCCAAUGUCCUUUGCGAUUUGUGUAGCGGUGAUUGCAAGGCGGAGAGUAGAUGCGUAGAAUGUCUUCUUAGUAUUUGUACUUCGUGUAGCGAGUCCCACAGGAAGCAGAAGGCGACGUCCAAGCACUCUCUGCAGCCCCUCGACCCGCCAGUGAGAUAUUGCAGUCAGCACCCUCUAGCGGAGCUUAGUGUAUACUGCGCUACUUGCCAGCAAGUAGUAUGCCGCGAUUGCUGCGUAGUGUCACAUUCCGGUCAUGCGCUUGCGAACGCGUCGCGAGCGGCGAACGAACGCUCGCGCCAAGUUCGGGACGCGUGCGAACGAGCCAAACACGUCCCAGAGAACGUCGAGAGAGCCGCUAGGAUACUAAACGUUCAUGCUUAUGAAGUUGAAACCCAAGCAUCGCGCGUGGAAGCUGAGAUUCGGGCGUGGACGGAAGAAUACAAGAAGGCAGUCGAGGCCCAUGGGCGCGCGCUGUGCACUGCCGCAGUCAGGGCGCGAAACUGCUGCAGGGAGAAAAUAGAGCACAAGACCCGACAACUCGAGGAGAGGACGCAGCAGGCGCUGGAAGCCGUUCAGUUUGCUGAAGAGCUGUUAACAGAAGGUAAAGAAGAUGAGGUCCUCUCUUUAAGUGGACCAGUCCUGCGCCGUUUGGAAAGGCUGACAGAACUGCAGCCGCUCUCGGAGCCCCCUCGCUGCGAGUUGCGCUUCGCCCCAGAUGCCCCUGUACCGGAAUCCAAGCUCGUGGGGCGCCUUCUGACUCAGGCGGCCGAUCCCGACAAAUGCGCACUUAAUACUGAUGGUUUCCAAGACCUCCAAGUAGAUUGCCCCCAUGAAGCUGUUUUGGAACUGCGAGAUAGUAAAGACGAACGGAUAUGGUGUGGCGGGGAGCAGGUAUGCGGGUACUUCCGGCGAAGAGAUUCCUCAGCCAGGCCAGCAUUAGCUCGUGUAAGGGACCGCGCGGAUGGCUCAUACACGAUCACCUUCGCAGCUCCCAGUCCUGGAGCCUAUUUACUGGCUGUGACACUGAAUAAUACUCCAAUUAAGGGCAGUCCUUUCCCGUGCUGCGCGCGCGUUAUGAAGGCUCACUCUGGGCAGUUUCAUUGCUGCUCGUUUUGUUCGUCUGGGGGGAGGCGUGACGUCACCUGCGCAUGCGGCUCUUCAAUGGGCGGCGGGUAUAAAGGCUGUGGUCACGGGCACGCGGGCUGGCCUGGAACGAGACACUGGUCGUGUUGUGGCAACACCAGAAGAAACUCGCCCUGCGCAAGACCGCAACAGCAGUUGUAUCAAUUCUCUUUGUGA